AGUAAAAGACAUAACCUUGAUGAAGAUUAGGGAGUGGUCAUAAACCGUUGUUGUUCGUCGCAUUGCGAAUACGUUGUAUUUUGAGACGGGUGUGGUGUUUGUUGCCUGAACUGGAAACUCUAACUUGUUUGCUUCCUUUUUAGCAUACAACAUCAAAAGUUAUGAAAAUGGCUACCUACAAUGAAGACCAGAUUGCUGAGUUCCAGGAGGCCUUCCAGAUUUUUGACAACAAAGGUGAUGGUCAGAUUCACGUGGCACAGAUUGGCGACGUGCUGCGCGCGCUCGGCCAGAACCCGACAGAGGCCGAGGUGAAGAAACUCUGCCAGUCUCACAGGCCAGAGGACCGGAUCAACUUCGAGGUGUUCCUGCCCAUCAUGCAGACCAUCACUAAGCAGAAGUCGGCCGACACUGCCGACGACUUUAUCGAGGGUCUGCGCCACUUUGACAAGGAGGGCAACGGCUACAUCUCGUCGGCCGAGCUUCGCCACCUGCUGACCACGCUCGGUGAGAAACUCUCCGAUGAGGAGGUCGAACAGCUGAUGACCGGCCACGAGGACUCGCAGGGCAAUGUCAACUACGAGGAGUUUGUGCACUCGGUGCUGAGUGGAUAGGGAGUGACGCGGUCACUCUGCCGCAUUACCGGAAUUUGUCGAGACCCGUCCUUCCGCGCAAGUGUCAAUGCUGCUGCUUUCAUACCGAGAAACCCGCGUUUGCUGCUGUAGUGGUGGUUCCGUGGACGAACUGGCGAAGUGGUAACUUUUUGAAUGGCGUCGGGACCGCUCUUCACCAAUAUUUGCCUUUUUUGGUACCUAAGGACGAUGUGGUUACGAACUAAGAUAAGUUAUUGCAAAGCGUUAUCUGGUCAUUGCCAGUAAAUGAGGUUCUUUGUAUCACCCGCACAUUUUUUUCAUGAGUUGACGACAGUCCAUGAUAAUGUAAACCGUCGGCUGUCGGGUUUCUCGUCAGCUACCGUUAGCCGUGCCUAGAUUCGGUCCCCGUUGACGGCUCGUUUGAGGAUUCGCUGCCUGUUCUUCCGGCUAUGCAACGACCUGCAGCUGGGUAUAUCGCGGACUAUGGACACUGUCACACCGCUCCAGCGGCCGUGGCUCGGAUCAAAUCAGCGAACACCGGCCGGACGGUCCGGCCUGUAUCGACUAACACGAGUGAGGUAUUUAUUGUCCGGUAAGGGGCGGUGCCCGGUGCCCGCCGAUGCCGCCGCCGGUGAUGCGCGCUGGUGGCCCGGCUGUGGCGCGUGCCCUCCCUCCAGAGCGCCGCCCAGCGCAGGACACGCGGCGAUCCGGAUACAUUCCUGCGCUGUGGCCACCAGUAGCACUGCUGUGUUGUUCAACUAAUCAUUUUAUAUUACCGCCUCGCGAUCUUUUCGUGUAGGGUGCGUGAAAUUCAAAUAUACUUUUUUAGAUC